AUGUUGUCACAGAAUAACUUCUGUCCCUGCACUAUCAACGGAAUUACCGUGAUCGGUCUGUUUCCAAUAUUAGGACGGCCGGCAUUUCUUGAUAUUCUUUCUUCUCUGCAUCAAAGCCCUCCUUUUGUUGCUGUUUCUCCUGUCCCUACUGGCUCGCCUGUUCCAGUUGGGGCUUUUGCUGCUGUUCAUUUUGCUGCUGCUGCUGCUAAUUGCAUUUCUGCUCCUGCUGCUUCUUUGGCUUCGUUGCGAUUCAGGUCUCUUUCCAGGCCACUCUUUCAAGGGAUGACCAGCGACCCCACAAGCCAAGCAGUGAAGUUGGCGCCCUUCUACCACAACAUAGAUUGGACGUCCUUCACAGAUCAAAAUACUGGGGACCGAUAUGAAAUUCUUCCUGGUAACAGUCACCAUAAUUUCCACGUCUCUAGUGGCUAUCCCAGACUUACUUUUGUUGGGCGAGACACCGGAGACCACCCCAAACUUGGCAAAGAAAAACCCAAAUUGACCUCUGAUAUAUACACAGAUACUCCAUGCAGGAUUACAUUUGUCUUUCUGGUUCCGAGGUAUUCCGUUUGGAGCCUCAUUGACUUGGUUUUCUUUCAUUUAUGUCAUUACAGUCGGUUCCUUCUUAACCAUUCUUCCUAUCUAUCUCUAUCUAUCUAUCUAUCUAUCUAUCUAUCUAUCUAUCUAUCUACAUACAUAUAUAUAUCUAUGUGUGGGAGUCCUAAUUAUGUAUCUAAUCCUAUUACUAUCUAUCUAUCUAUCUAUCUAUCUAUCUGUAUAUCUAUCUAUCUAUCUAUCUAUCUAUCUGAUGAUGAUAGAAAUAACUAG